AUGCUCCAGACGCCAUCACAGACGCUCCAGACGCCGUCACAGACGCUCCAGACGCCGUCACAGACGCUCCAGACGCCGUCACAGACGCUCCAGACGCCAUCACAGACGCUCCAGACGCCAUCACAGACGCCGUCACAGACGCUCCAGACACGUCACAGACGCUCCAGACGCCGUCACAGACGCUGCAGACGCCGUCACAGACGCUCCAGACACGUCACAGACGCUCCAGACACGUCACAGACGCUCCAGACACGUCACAGACGCUCCAGACGCCGUCACAGACGCUGCAGACGCCAUCACGACGCCGUCACAGAUGCUCCAGACGCCAUCACAGACGCUCCAGACGCCGUCACAGACGCUCCAGACGCCGUCACAGACGCUCCAGACGCCGUCACAGACGCUCCAGACGCCAUCACAGACGCUCCAGACGCCAUCACAGACGCCGUCACAGACGCUCCAGACACGUCACAGACGCUCCAGACGCCGUCACAGACGCUGCAGACGCCACACGUAACAGACGCUCCAGACGCCGUCACAGACGCUCCAGACGCCGUCAGACGCUCCAGACGCCGUCACAGAUGCUCCAGACGCCAUCACAGACGCUCCAGACGCCGUCAGACGCUCCAGACGCCGUCACAGAUGCUCCAGACGCCAUCACAGACGCUCCAGACGCCGUCAAACGCUCCAGACGCCGUCACAGACGCUCCAGACGCCGUCACAGACGCCAUCAAAGACGCUCCAGACGCCGUCACAGACGCUCCAGACGCCAUCACAGACGCUCCAGACGCCAUCACAGACGCUCCAGACACGUCACAGACGCUCCAGACGCCGUCACAGACGCUCCAGACGCCGUCACAGACGCGUCACAGACGCUCCAGACACGUCACAGACGCUCCAGACGCCGUCAGACGCUCCAGACGCCGUCACAGACGCUCCAGACGCCGUCACAGACGCUCCAGACGCCGUCACAGACGCUCCAGACGCCGUCACAGACGCCGUCACAGACGCGUCACAGACGCUCCAGACACGUCACAGACGCUCCAGACGCCGUCAGACGCUCCAGACGCCGUCAGACGCUCCAGACGCCGUCACAGACGCUCCAGACGCCGUCACAGACGCUCCAGACACGUCACAGACGCUCCAGACGCCGUCACAGACGCUCCAGACACGUCACAGACGCUCCAGACACGUCACAGACGCUGCAGAUGCCGCUACAGACGCCGCUACAGACGCUCCAGACGCCGUCACAGACGCUCCAGACACGUCACAGACGCUCCAGACGCCGCUACAAACGCUGCAGACGCCGUCACAGACGCUCCAGACGCCGUCACAGACGCGUCACAGACGCUCCAGACACGUCACAGACGCUCCAGACGCCGUCAGACGCUCCAGACGCCGUCAGACGCUCCAGACGCCGUCACAGACGCUCCAGACGCCGUCACAGACGCUCCAGACACGUCACAGACGCUCCAGACGCCGUCACAGACGCUCCAGACACGUCACAGACGCUGCAGAUGCCGCUACAGACGCCGCUACAGACGCUCCAGACGCCGUCACAGACGCUCCAGACACGUCACAGACGCUCCAGACGCCGCUACAAACGCUGCAGACGCCGUCACAGACGCUGCAGACGCCGUCACAGACGCUGCAGACGCCGUCACAGACGCUGCAGACGCCGCUACAGACGCUGCAGACGCCGCUACAGACGCUGCAGACGCCGUCACGGACGCUGCAGACGCCGCUACAGACGCUGCAGACGCCGCUACAGACGCUGCAGACGCCGCUACAGACGCCGCUACAGACGCCGUCACGGACGCUGCACACGCCGCAGACUUCAGAAGAGUCCAUCAGGAAGACCCAGAGUCCAUCAGGAAGACCCAGAGUCCAUCAGGAAGACCAGACUCCAUCAGGAAAACCCAGACUACAUCAGGAAGACCCAGAGUCCAUCAGGAAGACCCAGAGUCCAUCAGGAAGACCAGACUCCAUCAGGAAAACCCAGACUACAUCAGGAAGACCCAGAGUCCAUCAGGAAGACCCAGAAUCCAUCAGGAAGACCAGACUCCAUCAGGAAAACCCAGACAACAUCAGGAAGACCCAGAGUCCAUCAGGAAGACCAGAGUCCAUCAGGAAGACCCAGAGUCCAUCAGGAAGACCAGAGUCCAUCAGGAAAACCCAGAGUCCAUCAGGAAGACCCAGACUACAUCAGGAAGACCCAGAGUCCAUCAGGAAGACCAGACUCCAUCAGGAAGACCAGACUCCAUCAGGAAGACCCUUUUUUGGUACAACAAGGAAGUGGAGCAGCGAGGGCACCUGCUGUGUGGGGAUCAGGCGCUGGUCCUCCCACAGCAGAAGAGUGUCAUUUCAGUUGAUAAUGACAGCUUCCACUCGCUGCCAAACCCAACUUAUGCCUCUGUGAGAGCACGAGGAGGAUCAUGGGAGUGCAGUGAAGUGGCCGCUACAUUAAGCAGACAAGAGCAUGUCGGCUGCACACGCACAGCAGCAGCUCCAUCUUCAGCCGCUGUCAGUGAAAUAUCCAAACAGCAGACACACACACAGGCGCAGCUUCCUCCUCCACCGCGGAGGGAACCAGGAGAGAGAGGAUUAGAGCGAGGCAAAGAGAGGAGAGAGAGGAGGAGAGCGAGGCACAGAGGAGAGAGAGGAGGAGAGCGAGGCACAGAGGAGAGAGAGGAGGAGAGCGAGGCACAGAGGAGAGAGAGGAGGAGAGCGAGGCACAGAGGAGAGAGAGGAGGAGAGCGAGGCACAGAGGAGAGAGAGGAGGAGAGCGAGGCACAGAGGAGAGAGAGGAGGAGAGCGAGGCACAGAGGAGAGAGAGGAUUAGAGCGAGGCAAAGAGAGGAGAGAGAGGAGGAGAGCGAGGCACAGAGGAGAGAGAGGAGGAGAGCGAGGCACAGAGGAGAGAGAGGAGGAGAGCAAGGCACAGAGGAGAGAGAGGAGGAGAGCGAGGCACAGAGGAGAGAGAGGAGGAGAGCGAGGCACAGAGGAGAGAGAGGAGGAGAGCGAGGCACAGAGGAGAGAGAGGAGGAGAGCGAGGCACAGAGAGAGAGAGAGAGAGGAGAGCGAGGCACAGAGGAGAGAGAGGAGGAGAGCGAGGCACAGAGGAGAGAGACAGAGGGAGAGAGAGGAGAGCGAGGCAGAGGAGAGAGAGGAGGAGAGGGAGGCACAGAGGAGAGAGAGGAGGAGAGCGAGGCACAGAGGAGAGAGAGGAGGAGAGCGAGGCACAGAGGAGAGAGAGGAGGAGAGCGAGGCACAGAGGAGAGAGAGAGGAGGAGAGCGAGGCACAGACGGGCACAGAGAGAGGAGGAGAGCGAGGCACAGAGGAGAGAGAGGAGGAGAGCGAGGCACAGAGAGAGGAGAGAGAGGAGGAGAGCGAGGCACACAGAGGAGAGAGAGGAGGAGAGCGAGGCACAGAGGAGAGAGAGGAGGAGAGGGAGGCACAGAGGAGAGAGAGGAGGAGAGGGAGGCACAGAGGAGAGAGAGGAGGAGAGGGAGGCACAGAGAGGAGAGAGAGGAGGAGAGCGAGGCACAGAGGAGAGAGGAGGAGAGGGAGGCACAGAGGAGAGAGAGGAGGAGAGGGAGGCACAGAGGAGAGAGAGGAGGAGAGCGAGGCACAGAGGAGAGAGAGGAGGAGAGCGAGGCACAGAGGAGAGAGAGGAGGAGAGCGAGGCACAGAGGAGAGAGAGGAGGAGAGCGAGGCACAGAGGAGAGAGAGGAGGAGAGCGAGGCACAGAGGAGAGAGAGGAGGAGAGGGAGGCACAGAGGAGAGAGAGGAGGAGAGGGAGGCACAGAGGAGAGAGAGGAGGAGAGGGAGGCACAGAGAGGAGAGAGAGGAGGAGAGCAAGGCACAGAGGAGAGAGAGGAGGAGAGCGAGGCACAGAGGAGAGAGAGGAGGAGAGGGAGGCACAGAGGAGAGAGAGGAGGAGAGGGAGGCACAGAGGAGAGAGAGGAGGAGAGCGAGGCACAGAGGAGAGAGGAGGAGAGGGGGAGACGCAAACCAGAUCUUCCAGACGCAGACCACGCCCCCACCAACUGGUCUCUGGAGAAAUCCCAUGAGCUCUCCUCUGAGACACCUGUGGCCACCAACCACACCGUGAACGACACUGUGAACCACAUCGUGAACUUCACCGUGAACCACACCAUCAACCACACCGUGAACGUCACCGUGAACGACACCAUCAACCACACCGUGAACGACACCAUCAACCACACCGUGAACGACACCAUCAACCACACCGUGAACGACACCAUCAACCACACCGUGAACGUCACCGUGAACGUCACCGUGAACGACACCGUGAACGACACCAUCAACCACACCGUGAACGUCACCGUGAACGUCACCGUGAACGACACCGUGAACGACACCGUAAACGUCACAGUGAACCACACCGUGAACGUCACCGUGAACGACACCAUCAACCACACCGUGAACGUCACCGUGAACGUCACCGUGAACGACACCGUGAACGUCACCGUAAACGUCACCGUGAACGUCACCGUAAACGUCACCGUAAACCACACCGUGAACGUCACCGUGAACCACACCGUGAACGUCACCGUGAACAACACCAUCAACCACACCGUGAACGUCACCGUGAACGACACCAUCAACCACACCGUGAACGUCACCGUGAACUACACCGUGAAUGACACCGUGAACCACACCGUGAACGUCACCGUGAACCACACCAUCAACCACACCGUGAACCACACCGUGAACGACACCAUCAACCACACCGUGAACCACACCGUGAACGACACCAUCAACCACACCGUGAACCACACCGUGAACGACACCAUCAACCACACCGUGAACCACACCGUGAACGACACCAUCAACCACACCGUGAACCACACCGUGAACGACACCAUCAACCACACCGUGAACCACACCGUGAACCACACCGUGAACAACACCGUGAACCACACCGUGAACCACACUGUGAACCACACCGUGAACCACACCGUGAACCACACCAUCAACCACACGGUCAACCACACCGUGAACCACACCGUGAACGACACCGUGAACCACACCAUCAACCACACCAUCAACCACACCGUGAACCACACCAUCAACCACACCAUCAACCACACCGUGAACCACACCGUGAAGGGUUAG